UCUGGUAAAUAGCCUGAGGAUUCUGUCAAUGACGCGCACUGCUCUGCAUAAAUUUUGUAUGUGGUUUGUAUGUAUCUCUGCGGAUUUGACAAAAUCACGAUCCAUUAAUAACCACAUCAAAACACGUCACCACACCGAAAUCACCAUCCAGCCAUCGUUCCGGAGCUUACGGUCGAAUGAGCCUGGAAAACACCCAUUGGAUGUCAUAUAACGCCUUUCUCGGUCGGUAUUCACACAAAUAUCUAUUAUUGAACACAUUUUGUGUCCAUAUUUCCCAUGCGAAGCAAGGCGAGCGUUCGAAAACGGCGACGAGAGACCAUGGACAUCGCCAGAGAUCUCGUCCACGAUGCCUAUAGCACCACUAGUAUGCUGGCUAUACAGCGGUUAGUCGAAAUUGCAAGAGACGCGCCCGAGGAAGUGCAGAAGGGCAUCAUCAGGGCAGGCCUGGACUGCCAUCUCUACCCAUUCGAGCCUCGUCAGAAGCAGGUAGAUGCUAUAUGGCAUUUAGUAUUCAAGAAGGAGGACCUUAUUCUUGCAGCCAAGACAUCUUUUGGCAAAAGUGUCAUAUUCCAGGCAGCGCCGUUGUUUUGCCGCGAUGGCAUCGGCCUCAUUAUCAUCCCUUUGGAUCGAAUUGGACAGGAGCAGUGUAUCAAAAUCCAAAGGCUUCCGGGCGCGAGAUCCGUGUUUAUCAAUGGCAGGACGGACAAGACUCAAGAAUUAGCCCAAGAGAUUGAAAUGGGAGUGUAUACUCAUCUUAUCAUGGGCCCAGAGAUCGCCGCCGGUUGGUUUCGAUCGAUAGCAAGCAGCCCGACUUUUAAGAAGCGUGUCUGUAUCGUGGCUAUAGAUGAGCUCCAUUUAGUGGCCCUCUGGGGAAGUGGUAUCCGUCCACAGUAUGCACAACUCUCUCUUCUACGCCGAAGGCUAGGGGGAGGUGUCCCUUGGUUUGGCUGCUCUGCCACCCUGGACCGGACGACGUUAGACACUGCGACAAAAAUGACAGGAUUCCAGGCCAGCUGCGAGUUCUUCCGAUCAUCCGUCGAUAGACCAGAGAUUAAGUUAAUCGUCGAGAUGAUCCAACCACGGACAACGAAGAGAUUCAUAAGCCUCUUCUUUGUUCUGCAGGACGCCAUCACAAACGGCUCGCCAACGCCGGAGCGAAUUCCGAAGACUGUAAUCUUUAUAGACUCCCGACGGGAUAUCCAAAAAUGUGCGGAAUGUCUGCGAGAUUGGCUACAGAAACUGUUAGCUGGGUCCGUGGACGCCCACGACUGCAAGCAGAUUAUCCAGGUCUACCAUUCACAUACUACUCCGAACGACAAGAAUGCUAUAUACGACCAGUUUUCUAAACCGGACUCUAAGAUCCGAAUCAUGGUGGCCACAGAAUCAUUGGGAACGGGGGUAGAUCUCUCGGAUGUCAUACGAGUUGUCCAGUAUGGCUUCCCUCUAGAACGACUCUUAUGCGUCCUUAUCCAACGCUUUGGCCGUGCAGCUAGGAUGACUGGCAUUAAAGGAGAGGCUAUAUUCUUGGUAGAAAGUUGGGCGAUAGGUGACAGGAUCUCAUCGACAAGACCGGCGCUGCAAUCCAGAACUCAGAUGCUGUCGUGUUUAAGGCAGCCUUCCGACACGAGCCAGUUAGCUCAGUCGUACUCCACCGAUCCAGGGGUGGGCGGUGAUAUCCCAGAUGAUGAAUCGGAUGUUGCCGUAGACGCUAUUAAGUAUGAUAUACCAGGAGGGCAGCACCGACGCAAAACGGGGAGAGAACGCCGAACAGACCUAUAUAAUGACUGUCCGGCGCUAUUCAAUCUUGUUAAUCGAUCCGCAUGCCUACGCCGAAUCCUAAUGGAUUGGCUACAAGAGAGUCUAUCGGACCCUGCAUCUAGGUUACCGGCUCCUCAACCGCACGAGUGCUGUAACGUCUGUAACCCUGAUCUGACGCGGGCGGUGCCUUUCCCAUGGGAUACCACUGCUAGUCUUCGCAAGCCCCAGGCUGGAACGGCAUCCCGCGCAUUUUAUGACCGCCUGACCCUCUGGGGAGACAACGUUGUUAAUUCGGCACAUCGGAUGGUAAAGCCAGAGCUCUCAGUACGGUUACUCGCGCAGAAGGAAGAGUGGAUAUCAAUAUCCAGAGAGUAUACGAACAUCCGCUCGGCUGCUGAGUUGGAGAAGUUUAUGAAAUCGGCUUGGAUGAAAGAUCAUUCCCAUGAGCUGUUCGAAGAGUUUAAUAAAAUCAAGUCCUAUGUCGUGAGGAACUGGCCCGGAGGCUGCACGCCAGGAACCACAGCUGCAGCUCAAGUUCUAAUACGAAGAGCACCAUUCGAAAGACAAGCUCAUCCCACCGCCGAACGGCAAGUAUCUCAACAACGAAGUCGGAAGAGAAGAUUGUCUAUCGAAGCAGAGACUCCGAUAACUCCUGAUCAGGAACGAAGAGUAUUAUUCGCGCAUGAACGAGAAGAGUACGCUUCCUCGCUAGAGCGAAUCAUUGCCCAGGCAAGAGAGGUACCAGCUUCGAGUUCUUCUUAUCUACCUACUCUAUCAAUGCCUAUAGUAUCAGUGAACUCGUCAUUCACAUCUAUAGGUAGGUCGAUGAUAUCUACAGACGUAGACUAUUCUUCUACUAUAUCAGGUGUUCUCGAAGAUGGUGAGAAUGAGGUGCCAGGAAUAAUUAAUAGUAAUCAGGCCUCGAAACGUCCCGCAUUGAGCCGAGGGAAGGGAGUAGCGACGAAACGGGUCGUACUCGGCGUUUUAGACUCGAUUUAA